ACGUGUGAUCCUUGUUUGGACAUAAAUAACACGGAUAGCUGGGUCUAGUUAUACCAUACGCUAGCUCACAAAUGUGACAGAAUGUAUUGUGAGUUAAGUUGUUUGGUUGUGCGGGCGCGCGCGGCCAGUGCGUUCCGCUCGGCCGCCGACGGCGCACUUGACAUUUUCCCUUGUAAGUGAUUGCAAAUGGUUUUUCCCAAGCUCGUGGCGAACUAACCUGGAUUUGUCUUUAACAAUUGAUUUCGAGUGCUAAAAGCUGACAAAGAUGUCCGGAGGAACAACAGGCCCACUGUUGUACUCGGUGGGCGCGGCCGUGCUGGGCAUGCUCCAGUUCGGCUUCAACACGGGCGUCAUCAACGCGCCGCGCGCCUUCAUCGAGACCUUCAUUAAAGAACAGCACCAGGUUGACGCCGAACGAAGCUCCUUUCUGUUCAGCGUCAUUGUCUCCAUCUUUGCCGUGGGCGGCAUGAUCGGUUGUCCGUUAGCUAGCUGGGUUGCGGAAAAGCACGGACGCAAAAAUGCUUUACUCAUGAAUGCGGCAUUCGGUGUUGUCGCGGCAGCUCUUAUGGCCUUCAGCAAACUUGCGGGUUCAGUGGAAAUGAUCAUAAUUGGCAGAUUCCUCAUAGGAAUAAACUGCGGCUUCGCCACUACUGCCUCGCCGACUUACGUGUCUGAAGUGGCUCCGCUGAGACUACGCGGCGCGUUUGGUACAGUUAAUCAAUUAGCAGUGGCUUUCGGCCUUAUUUUCGCACAAAUUCUAGGAAUAGAUGCCAUAUUAGGUAGUGAUGAAGGUUGGCCGUGGCUUCUAGGGUUUGCGUUAAUUCCCUCCGGCCUGCAAUGCAUGAUGUUGCCUUUCGCUCCCGAAACACCACGGUUUCUUUUGCUUACGAUCCGUGAUGAGCAAAAGGCUAGGGUGGCGCUUGUUAAAAUUAGAGGUAACCCUGAAAUCGACAACGAGAUCAACGACAUGCACGCGGAAGAUAGAGCCGAAAGACAAGAAGAAAAAUUUACCAUAUGGGGCUUGGUCACAGACAAAUCUCUGCGUACUCCGCUCAUAAUCGGUAUAGUCAUGCAUUUAUCACAGCAGUGGGGAGGUAUCAACGCUGUUUUGUAUUACUCUUCUACUAUUUUCGAGGGCGCCGGUCUCGAGCCCAAGGAUGCCCGCUUGGCUUCUAUCGGCGUCGGCAGUAUGUUAUUCAUCAUGGCGCUGGUGUCUAUUCCGCUGAUGGACCGCCUGGGUCGGCGCACGCUGCAGCUCGGCGGCCUAGCUGGCAUGACCUUGUUCUCAGUUCUCAUGACGAUAGCGUUCUUCACGUACAAGGGAAACAAAACAAUGAGUGUAUUCGCUGUUAUCUUCACGCUGUUAUACGUCGCGUUCUUCGGCGUGGGGCCGAGCUCGAUCCCGUGGAUGAUCCUGUCAGAGCUGUUUGGGCAGUCCGCCCGCAGCGCCGCGGUCAGCAUCGGCGCGCUUGUCAACUGGUUUGCCAAUUUCAUUGUGGGCAUUACGUUUAUACCGAUGAUAGAUGCACUGGGACAACACUAUGUAUUUUUGCCGUAUACGGUAUUUCUAAUAUUGUUCUUUAUAUUCACGUAUUUUAAAUUGCCUGAAACAAAGAACAAAACUAUCGAGGAAGUGACUGCAUUUUUCAAGAAGUAAAUCUGAGUCGAUACUAGUUUUAUGACACAUUCCUUAAUAUUGCCCAAAAUAUAUUGUAAAAAGUCUAAUUACACUAAAAAUUGUGAUAGCUCCUGAAUAAUUGUAAGCAAAACUUCUUUUUGUUAUGGGUAGCUCUAUGUAUAGGCACAUAUGCUGUAUUCAUUCCUGUCCUGGCGGUCAGCGCGAAUCUACUCGUAAAGGAGUAACAAUUACCCGAUGUCAGCAUUUCACUACU